AUGCGGAUAAUUUUGGUACUGUGCUUAUCUGUGGCGCUUUCCUUUGCAGCUGAAACUGAUACAACUAACCCAGGGCUAGACUCCUACAGUACCACCCCACAAGGCACCAACGUUAACAACGCUGAUGACAGUGGAAAAUACACUCCAGACAAUAAUGGUGAUGACAGACCAACGCCAUCUCAGUUUGUCACAACUACACCCAGAUACAAUUUUGCAUCCUCUUCGGCGUCUUUCGGAUCUUACGAUCCUAAUCGUUACUACCCUGGUGCAUAUAACAACUUCGGUAGAUACGAUAACAACGGAAGAUACGAUAAUUUUGGAAGAUACGACAACUUUGGAAGAUACGACAACUUUGGAAGAUACGACAACUUUGGAAGAUAUGACAACUCUGGACGAUAUGACAACCUUCAAAGAUACGACAAAUUUGGAAGAUACGAUAACUUUGGACGAUACACUUCUGGUAGAUUCGGUGACUUUGGACGAUAUAAUCUCGGCGCUUAUAAUGCUCCACAAACAUCAGGAUUUUACAACAUAAAUCGCGGUACUGCAGAUGGUUCAUACGUAGCCGAAAAAGCUAAAACUAUCUCACCAGCAGUGAGCACUGCCACCGUUAGUCCAAAUUUUUCGGUUACUAUUGUACCCGAGUCGAAUCCUUCAUCUAGUGUUUCUUUAAACCCUGUUCUGAAUGAAGUACCCCUUCUAACUACCUCCGCAGGGCUUAGCCAAUCUACAAGUGAAGUAACUACUGUAACUCCCAGCGCGGCUCUCAGUUCAUCUCCAAGUGAAUUACCGGCAUCUUCUCCCAGCAAAGCCCCAAUCUCAACUUCAAGUGCAGCCCCGAGCCCAACCUCUCUUGUUUAUGGUUCGACCGUAAAUCCUGUUAGUACUUCACCCAGCUUUGGGACUACUUUUAUCCCCAAUCCUUCUCCUGACUACGUGUACAAGCCCUUUAAACAAUUUACUCCAGUUGUAAAUACCUUUAACGACGGUCGUUAUAACCAUAACUUUAAUAUUAUUCGUCAAGAGACUGAAGUUCUUCCUGAUGGCUAUCACUACCUUUAUGAGACUGAGAACAAAAUUUUGGCUGAAGAAAUGGGUAAGCUCGAGCGGAUUGACAACGAGAGAGAAGGAGUUAGGGCUAAAGGAUUCUACCAAUAUUUGGCCCCUGAUGGUGUCAAUUACAGAGUAGACUACAUUGCCAAUGAGAAUGGUUAUUACCCUGUUGGAUCUCGCUCACGUUAA